AAGCUGGUGUUGUGUAAAAUGACAGGACGAAAUAUUAACAUUUUUUACAACGAGUGUUUCAAUUAAAACAGCGAUCUCCCUUAAAAACAUAAACAAGUCGUAAAACGGGCGUAUAAUUUAUACCACAGCAAGUACAGCCUUUCUUCUUUCUUCUAAUUAAUGUUUUGUCCUAAAUAUUAUAAACGAAGAUUGUGUUGAUGAACCAAACCGCUGAUCCCAACCGGACAAAUCAAAAUUCGACAGAAUGAUUCCACCUUCCGAGUCUCUCCUGAAAUACGAGAAUGCUGUUUUGGUCAGCAAAAGCACAGACAGAAAAUCACCAAAGGGACGGCCUUUGAGAGUAAGCCCUCAGCAGCCUGCUGACUCUAGCCCUGUUCCCCAACCCCCAAAACCAAAAUCAGCCUCUGCUGAUGCCACCAAGCAGGAAAAUGAUGAGAUCCUCAAUGCCAUCCUUCCACCCAGGGAAUGGAUGGAGGGAAACCAAUUGUGGGUUCAACAAGUAUCCAGUGCACCUUGUACACGAGCAGAUGUUAUUCGCCUAGAGGAACUGCUGGACAUCAAGAUGCAGCAGAGGCAGGCCAGACAGACAGGAAUCUGCCCCGUCCGCAGGGAGCUCUUCUCCCAGUGCUUUGAUGAGCUAAUCAGACAGGUGACCAUCAAUUGUGCCGAGAGGGGUCUGCUUCUGUUGAGGGUCAGAGAUGAGAUUCAAAUGACUAUGGCCGCCUACCAGACACUGUAUGAGAGCAGCGUGGCUUUUGGAAUGAGGAAAGCACUGCAGGCUGAGCAGGGCAAGGACGACAUGGAGAGAAGAAUCUCUGAACUGGGAGAUGAGAAACAAGAGUUAAAGAAGCAACUGAAUGAGGAGAAAGCUAAAAGCGAUUCCAUUGAAAAGAGAGAAAACGAGAAGCGACAGGUGGAGGAAAAGAAACACAGUGAAGAGAUUCAGUUCCUGAAGAGAACCAACCAGCAGCUCAAGGUAUGGUUUAUUAAUACAACAAGAAAAGCACCUUCUUUAGAUUUAACCCGGAUAGUAGCCGUGUUGCCUGUUUUCAGAAUUGACAUUUUUCUUUCUAUUUAGAACCAACUGGAAGGGAUCAUUACGCCAAAGAAGUAACUCCGCCAAACAAGAUGCGUUACCAUUUCCCAGUACACAAUGUUAGUAAAUGUGUCUCGUCUUCUUUCUACAUGAUCAAUUGAAGUAAACAGAAGUGAGUGUCAUUAGCACGUUUUUUAUUACAGCAUGACAUGACACGUACAGUUUUCUUUAACAUCAAGAGAGCAUUACACCUGUCCUGUAAAUGAUGAAUGAAAUGUCAUUCAAAAACAGUUCUGGUCUGAAGGGGAGAAGGAGUUUCAAAAGGCAAGGCCGCAAGUGACCACUUGAUACAGACCUUUUUAAUGCUAAGUUAGCAUUCCACCUUCUGUUAACUCCACACUUUCAAAAAAAAACUUGGCUUUUGGCAAGUUUAAA